UGUUUCGUCCAUAUGGCUGCCGAGAUGACCCAUGGAGGAGCCUCUUCUUCAUCCAGUCGGUGGAAAUAUGAUGUGUUUUUGAGUUUUUGCGGUCAAGACACUCGCACUAACUACACCGAUUUCCUUUUUAACUGGUUGGUUCGGGAUGGGAUUCACACCUUUAGAGACAACGAAGAGCUAAACAGAGGAGGGGAUAUUUCUUCAGAACUGAUGGAAGCCAUCCAAGCUUCUAGGAUUGCCAUUAUCGUCUACUCCCAGAAUUAUGCCUCUUCCACCUGGUGCCUUGGUGAGUUGGACAAGAUCAUGGAGUGCAAAAAUGAUGGCUGGAUAGAAACGGUUAUACCUGUUUUUUACAAGGUGGAUCCAUCGGAUGUUAGACAUCAACGUAACACUUAUGCCAAGGCAUUUAAGACACAUGAAAAGCGUUUCAAGAAAAAGGUAGGAAAGGUCAAGGCUUGGAGGGCUGCUCUCACAGAUGCUGCGAAUUUGGCGGGGUGGGAUCAAACAAAUGUUGCAGAUGGGUAAGUCAUAAAUCAAAUCCUUAAUAGUAUACUAUGUUUAUUACUUUAUUAAUUUGGCUAUAAUAUUACU